AUGGCAGGCAAGAAGUCAACCACUAUCGACGACCCGAUCAUUCAGGCGUCCGAUUCAGAUUACGACUACGGUUCGACACAGAAGCGCGCCUACUUCACCGGCGACACAUUCGUGUCUGGAGGAGCUACAGAGCUGUACAAGCCUAUUCCAGAAUAUGAAGGUAUCCAUCGAUAUGACCCAACUGCCGAAUGGACAGAGAAGGAGGAGAAGAAAUUAGUCAGACGGCUAGACAAGAGAAUCUGCUCUUGGGUUUGCCUCAUGUUCUUUGCACUACAACUCGACCGUGGCAAUAUCUCACAGGCUCUGAGUGAUGGCAUGCUAGACGACCUUGGCCUUAACACCAACGAUUACAACUAUGGCAUGAUGAUCUUUUACCUCUGCUUCUUGUCUGCAGAAGUGCCAUCACAAAUGAUCUCCAAGAAGCUCGGCCCUGAUGUUUGGAUCCCGAUUCAGAUGGUAACGUGGAGUAUCAUCGGCAUCUGCCAAGGGUUUGUCCAAGACAAGCAAAGCUUUUAUGCAACUCGCGCUCUGCUGGGACUAAUUGAGGGAGGGUUCAUUCCAGAUGCCCUGCUGUACCUGUCGUACUUCUAUACCAACAAAGAGCUCCCGAUGCGCGUCGGCUUCUUCUACUGCGCUUCCAAUGGUACUUUCAUCGUCGCUGCGUUCCUCGCAUAUGGAAUUCUUCAUAUGCGCUCGGUCGGAGGCUGGGAGGGGUGGCGCUGGCUGUUUGUUCUCGAGGGUACACUGACGUUCCUCAUCGGCGUGGUAUCUUGGUUCUACCUCCCUCCUGGUCCGACACAAACAGCUAGUUGGUUCCGUGGUAAAGACGGCUGGUUCACCGAAAGAGAAGAAGUCAUCAUGGUCAACCGUGUCUUGCGCGACGAUCCAGGCAAGGGAGGCAUGCAUAAUCGUCAAGGUCUUACACUCAAGCUCCUCUGGGAUGCAUUCAUGGACUAUGACCUCUGGCCACUAUACAUGAUCAGUUGGACCAUGCUGAUUCCCACAAACCCCGUCACUGCAUAUCUUACCCUUAACCUCAAGGCUUUGGGAUUCGGCACAUUCGAGACGAAUCUGUUGACCAUUCCUGGAUAUGUUCUCUUCCUCGCGCAUUUGAUCCUUAUAUCUUGGUACUCGGAGAAGAUCAAUAACCGAAUGGCCCUUUUGCUGUACUAUUCCUUUUGGUGUUUUGUGUUGCUCUUGACUCUCGAGCUGCUUCCUGCAAAUGCCAGCCCUUGGGCAUGGUAUUCAGCGACAAUCUUGAUGAUUGGCUUCCCAUACAUUCACUCAAUCAACGUCAGUUUAACAUCGCGAAACGCUGGUUCUGUUCGCACUAGAACAGUGGGCAGUGCCAUGUACAACAUGAUAUGCCAGGCCAGCUCUGUAAUCUCAUCCCAGAUCUAUCGUGACGAUGAUAAGCCUUUGUAUCGACGGGGAAACAAGGUUCUUCUUGCACUCGUCGGCUGGAAUGUUGUGAUGACUGUUUUCAUCAAGGGAUACUACAUAUGGCGAAACAAGACGCGAGAACGCAUUUGGAGUGCCAUGCCGGAUGAAGAGAGGGAUGAGUAUCUAAGAACGACCAAAGAUGAAGGCAACAAGAGGCUGGACUUCAGGCCAAAAAACCGAGCUUCCAACACCAACAUGGAAUCUAUCUGGAACAAGUUUAGCGUCGACAGAGCUGCUAUCAUUGAAGAGGCCUUCUGGAUCGCAACGGAACGCGGCCAACAAGAGUGGUCAAACGCUGACAAAGACGUCAUGAGCCAGGCAGCUGAUGACAUUGUGCGUGCUCUUGGAGGAAAUGUCGGCUUGACAUUCGUCGAGUUUGAGGUCCUGGUUGCGUAUGCUGCUCGCACCGACCCAGAAAGACAGCUCCGAUUCCUUGACAACCUCGCCGAAGUGAUUCGGGCUUCUCGGGGCAUUGGAUCUUUAACUUACUACGAUGAACAGUUCAUGGUGUUUGUUAUGAGUAUCCACAACGACCUUAUAGAUAUUGCUCGUAGAAACGCCGGUCUGGAUGUGUCGUCAGGUCCAAAUGCCGGCAUCGCGCAGCAUGUUCUUGACGAAGAGCAGGCCCCUGUUGACUCGGUGCAUUCACCAAGUGGCGAAACUACUCGUACUUGGAAGUCUGAGUAUGAAGAGGUCAGUGGAGAAGGUAAGUACACCACUUGGGUUGUUGAAACUGUGACUGGUGAUGAAUUCUCUGGCGGUGCUUACAGCACCACGUCGACGACGUCAAGUUCUUUCACUCCAUCAAGGACCCCCAUACCUGGGAAUCGCGAUGCUCCGGUACUUGAGUCUGAUGACUCUAACCAUCACCCCGCCAAUGCUUGA